CGCCUGGCUCAACACGGACGUAUUUUGACGGCGCACACGGAGAGCGACGUGCAGCAGCGCGGCGGGACGCAUCUGUUACGUUAAACCGUGAAGUGACAUUAACGGGCCGUUAAUACCGGCAGAUACCUACCAGGACCACCCCGACCGUGAGGCUCCGUUUAAUAAAACCCCCCAGAUGGAGUCCCUCGCCCCUCGCCCUGAGGUGCGCCUGGAGGUGUCCCAGUGUUUCCGAACCCUCGCCACGUCCACGGACGCCACAGACGUCGUCGCCUCCCUUCAGAUGCUCGGCCGCUACCUGGACGAAGGCCCGGAGAGCAGAACCGAGCCGGGCCAGCGGGCGGCCUUCAGGCGCGCUCACUUCACGCCCGCCCUUCGGCUUCUUGCCGGCGGCGGCGUCCGGGCCGACUGCCUCACGCCCGCCCAGCGGGCCGAGCUGUGGGACGGCUUGUUCCUCAAAGGCCCCCCGGAGCAGGCGCUGCUGGUGCUGAUGGAGGCGAUGGGAGACCUGAAAGCGAGCGCAAAUCUGGACCGCCUCGUCGCCAUCACUGAGAAGUUCCUGCGGAGCGGCCGCCUCGCCGACCUGCUGUGGGCCCGCUGUCUGGAGACGGGUCCCUCCGAUUCCCCCCAGCUCAGAGAGACCCUGCUGGGACGCAUCGCGGCGCUGCCGGACGUCACCGCCAACCGGUUGCAUCUCAAAAACAAGGCGCUCUUUCUUCCUCGGCAGUACUACCCGCUGCUGGCCACCGAGAUGCUCACAGCCCUGGAGCGGACCUGUCAAUCACUCCGAGAUGGCACAGACUGCUCCUUGACCUUUGUGGCUCAGACACUUGGAAAAGUGUGCAUCCAAGGCCAUAGUGGUCUGGUGCUGGCGGUGCUGGCUCCGCGGCUGUCUGUGUGCACGCGCUCCGACAUGGUGUGGCAGAGGGUUUGCUGGAAGCUGCUGCAGAACGUUCCACAGCGAUGGAUGGAGAGUGUGCUCACGGGGCUGGUGCAGGCCGUCAGCGGGCCCGAUGCCCUGGGCAGGAUCAUCGGGAAUUUGGUGUUGACCAAUAAAAAGGCCCAGUUUGUCAUCACUCAUAAACUGCUGUUGCUUCAGUACAAGUAUGAGACUGGAGUCUUGAGGAUCAUCCUGGGCUACCUGGCAGCAGACAGGGAGCGAAGGCCUCUGCUCAUCCAGGUGCUACGGGCUGUGCUGCAGGCUUGGGCUAACCCCAGUGCGGUGAAGCACACGCCUCUAGACCAGCAGUUCUAUGUCAGCAAGGCCCUUCUGCUGAGUGUCAGUCUGCUGGAAGACUCCGAGCUGCAGGAGCUGCGCUCAGAGCUACUUCAGUGCAUGCUGGGCGGCAUGCAGAGCCACCUGGACAGCGGCGUGGUGCGCGUCAGGCGCAUGGGCAUGGUGGUGGGGGAGUGCCUGAGCGCUCGCAUGGAUCUCAAUAAGACCAAGCUGAAGUUUGAGUACGAGCAGGACGAGGAAACUCUGGAGCUGCGUUGUCUGAUGAGUCCCAUGACGGGGCAUGAACCAGAGGAUGAGCACGUGAGCGUGUUUCUCACCUGCAGAGUUGACCCCCCUCAGGAGACCAGUGCAACAACAACUCCAUCUAGUCAGGAUGUAUCAUCUCAAAAUAAGUCAAAAGCUGAGCCGGACUCCGACCUGGACAGCGACGAUGAGCUCACACCGUACGACAUGUCUGGCGAUCAGGAAACCAGUGAAGCAUCUCCCCCGCGCUACCUGCGAGACUGCUUGGAAACCUUGGUUUCCUCUGAGGACCCGCCGCGUGUGGAGCUCAGUCUGAGAGUCGCUGAGGGUUUGGUGAGGAAGAACGUCUUUGCAGCCAGAGAGGUCAGUGUCCAGCUGACCAAAGUGCUUCUUCACAUGGAGGAUAAAUACAGUAUAAGUGGCUUCCUGAGUCUCAGACAGGCGACCAUGGUGGCGCUCAUUGUCACCGACUGUAUCUCUGUGACUCGGUAUCUGACCACUGAGUUUUACUCCUUGAACUACAGCCUUCGCCAGCGGCUCGAUAUCUUGGAGGUCCUCACCCUGGCAGCGCAGGAGCUCUCUAAGCCCAUCACUGAAAAGAGAAACCCACCGGUGGGUAUCAGUGGCGCCACUGAAUCGACUCCGUACCCUGGUGACAACCCUGUCCAGUGGCGAGAAGUGGUACAGAAGCGGAUUGAAAGCAAGACAAAACGCCUCAGGAAGGGCGCCACACAACCUCCAGCUCAGGCCACCCCUAACCGCUACGCCCCUGUGGCUGGACACUUCUUUUUUCCUCUGCUCAGCAACUAUGACAAGCCUCAGGUGACCUUUGACCUGUUGGGCGGUGACCAUCUCGUACUGGGCCGGUUGAUCCACUCCUUGGGCCUCUUCAUGCAUCUAGCAGUCAACGCACCGAUCGCUGCACAGAUGGGUUGUGCUUUACUGGACUUUGUGUGGGCGGUGCGUUACCAUGCCGACCAGAUGGUGAGACGAGGCGUCCUCUUCGCUGUCUGCUCGGUGUUCCUGAGCAUGCCCAGUGAGAACCUGCUGGUGGAUCUCAGUGAUCAGCUGUUUGAGACCAGAACCUGGCUGGCAGAUGUGGCGGAGGAAGACCCCGACGCAGACUGCCGGAGUCUGGCGAUACAGAGUUUGGUGCUGUUGGACAAGAGCCUGAAGAAACAGCUACGAGAUCAAAAGGCCCUGAGCUCUGGGUCCUGAUCGCGGCAUCGAAUGCGACCGAUGAACCGCCGAAUGCGUCUCCGAUGUGCGUCGCAGCGCUCCUUGCCUCCGUCCGGUCCUCGAGGAGCCAGGAGGAUGGAGGUGGACGGAACUGAGGUUCUGGUAUUUGCCGGCACGUUUUUCAGAUCCUGGAACACGCGACCAGCAGCACAGCAGGGCGCACGUCUUUGCACGUGUUUGUGAAUGUGUUUCUGCAGGACUAAAUCACACACAAUACACUGUUGUUGGACAUGUGUAAUGUAUGAAGCGGUGAAAUGUGGAUGGCAUGGAGAAUAGAUAUUUUGACAGUAGUUUGUAAACUGAGGAUAUCCUUUUCAAACUCUUUCCUGUUCUGCCUGUUCUCUCUGUGUGGUUGUUUGUUUGCAAAGGAUGUCCUGUGACACAUGGAUUCACAAAUAAUAAAAAUACUACUACCACUUCCUCCUGUGACAUA